AUGUCAAACAAUAACUUUGAACCUUCCGAUACAUUCGUACCUCGUAUUCUCUUCAAGACCUUAUUCGCCUCCGUGUAUAAGAAUUUUACAUGUAACAAACAAUUAAUGAUGGCCGAGUCUGUUAGAAUUAACGAACCUCAAAAUACCUUCAAACAUACUGUACUUGUUUCCCUCUAUAAUACAUGUAUGAGUAAUUUUGUAAAUAGAGAAUUUGAUUCACCAAUAGAAACCUCCAAAACACCAAAUGCUAAUAAGAAAAAUAUUUUGGAUUUGGAUUUAGUUCAACUUGAUAAGGUUUCGGAAGAAGUUUUUAAAACAAAUAAUGAUGAUGAAACACAAAAGAAAAUUACAGAUUUGUUCGAUGGAGAAUCUAUUAAAGAUAAGAGUUUGGAUCAAGUAUUCAAGGAAAAACCAAGCAGAAAUGUUGGAUUUUUCCUCUCAAAGAAUCAUGAAAGAAUUGCUCUAAUGGGAAGAAAGAUUGAACAAAUUUUACACUUGAAUCCACAACAAGCCUUUGAUAAGUGGUACAAAUUAUCUGAAUUUAGUUUGGAAAACUUUGGACCUACCCUCAAUGUCGAUGAGAAGAAUCCACUCAAUCCUAAUAUAGCUCAACAAAUGAAUCAUCUCGUAGCUCAACAUUGUCUUCCGGAACGAAACUUGGAACAAUGGUUUGAUAGUGAUGCACUCAUAAAUAGAGUCAAUUUCUCAACAUGUACUGCUAGUGUCAUGUGUGCAGAACAACUUCAACAAUGUUUCAAUAGAGAAGAUUCAGUUGGUUUCUACGAAUGUAUUGCCUCUGAUAAGGAAUUAAUGAGAUGCACAGAUAAUGUAAUUAUGAAAAACCUAGGAAGUCAAAAUUGUUUAUCCACUUGCAAAAAACAAGCCUUCAUCACAAUAUUCGGAACAUCGAAUUGUUCUUCAUUCGGAGGGAAGAGACAUCUUUCCAGAGUGAAUUCGACACUACUCACACCACACAACGAUGAUACAAGUCAUCUUCCAUUCACAACUGAAUAUGAUGCAUUCUUCCCAAAUGAAGAUGAAUUCUUUGAUGAACACUUACUGUCGAGUUUACCACCUAAUUUUAAAAGAGAUGGUGAAGGUAAUUUGAUGGUUAAAGUUGAUUCCGAUCAUGUUGAAUAUCAUCGUGAUACUCAACAACAGCAGCAACAACAUAUAAAACAAAAACAGAAAAAACCAGGUUUCUCAAAAGCACUUGCCUUGGAAAAGAAACAAUUACUUUCAUCAGAAGAUAGUAUUGAAGAUCAUGAGAAUAGUCUCUAUCAAAAACAGGGACUCAUUGCUCACGCCAACAAUAUUCAGGAUUCAAAACUAAAGGAUUUCUAUUUGGGUAUGGACAAACAUGCACGUUCAAUGCUCACACUUUCGGAACUGAAAGGACAUAUUUAUGCUUUUGCAAUGGACAAGUUUGGUUCUGCUUUUAUUUCAAAUAGUUUACAACGAAGAAAAGUUUGGAUUGCAAAAGGAUCUGAUAAAGCUAGGGAAAUUACGAAAAAAGAUCCAAGCUCUUCCAGCAAGUUGGAACAAUCAGAGAAUGGGUUGUGGUUUGUUGAACAUGAAUAUGCCUUAACUGGAACUCCUGCUUCACAGGAAGUGGCAUCAGUUUUGAAAAAACAUGUGAUUGGACACACUACUGAGGAUGUAGAUAUGGUUUUUGAGGAGGUUUUACCUCACUUGGAAGAGUUAAAUUCACACGUUUACGGAAAAUUUAUAGUAUAUCACCUUUUGAUGGUCUGCUCACCAAAACAAUCGAAAAUAAUUUUCGAUAAAUCUUUGAAGGGUAGUAUUAAGGACCUAGUAUUUACUGCUGGUGGUUCCAUGAUUUGCGAGAGAAUUUAUGAAUUAUUUACAAAUGAGAAUGAUCCUAGAGCUGAUAUGAUCCUUUCUGAACUUAAGGGUUCAUUAUCAAAGUGCAUUCGAGAUGCAUUCGCUCAGUACAUUAUUGAUGCCAUUGCUAGGGGAAGUAAUAUGGAACAUAGAAAGCAAUUGUUGAAUGAGCUUAUUGAAACAGACUCCAUUCAAGAGCUAUUAGCAUUGAAUCAACCAUGUAGAGUUUUAGAAAAAUUUGUUAAAUUUUCUGAAACUAGAACAAUACUACUUGGGAAACUAUCAAAAAUCGACUAUGUCAAUUUAAGUAAGGACACUCAUGGAGCUUGCUUUAUUACUCAAACUCUCAAGUAUGCAUCAUCCUCUCAAAAGAGGUUGAUUAUUGAUGCCUUCAAGGGACAUUUGUUAAUUUCAUCGCUGGGACCAUCUGCUUCACAUGUUGUAAAUCAAUUAUUCAUUGCUGCCAAACCAGAGGAAAUUGAUUCGUUCCUUGUUGAAUGUAAAGGUCACUUUUUGGCCAUGUCACAAGAUAGAUAUGCUACUUUCUUCAUGAAGCAAAUCCUUUGCUCUACCUAUAAUGUCAAGUAUUUGGAUUUAGUAGUUCAAGAAUUGAGAGGCUCUCUAGUUUUACUCUCCUAUCAAAGAUAUUCAUCCAAGGUAAUUGAGUAUGUGUUGAAUAUGAUUGUUCACUAUUCUAAAAAGGGAGUUGCUUUACCAUUCUCCCUCGAUGAAUUAUUGAAUGAAUUCAGCAAGCAUACAGUUCAAUUAUCUAAGGACAAGUAUGGAGCUUUCUGUAUUCAACAAGUUUUAAAUAUUGCCUUUGCAGCAUCCACUUGCAAUCUAGUUUCCAAAGAAACUAAAAUCAGUUUAAUGAAAGACAUUUGGCAACAGGCCAUGCAAUUAGCAUUGGAUAAACAUGGAUGCUUUAUCAUUCAAUUCCUCGUUCGUACUCCAGAAACCAGAAUGCCAAUGAUGAGAAGAUUCUUAGAAACAGAAGAUAGUCCAAAAGAAUUUAAUAGCAAUAACUUUUUCAUGUUGAUCAAUAGUGAGCAGGGAACCUCUGUUCUGAUGGAAUUGGUAAAACAAAGUGAUACUAAUCAGAGAAAUGCUCUCUUUACAGUGAUGAAAUCCUACCGAUCAAGAAUUAAGGAAUCCUAUCAUGGAAGACAAUUACUCAAAUUUUCUACACCGUUUGAUGAGUUGGGAGUUCUCUCAUCCAUGACUGAUAACAAUGAUAUGAAUAUUUUCCCUUCUUCACUCUCUAAUUGGAAAUAA